AUGAAGUGGACUGUGUUAAUUUGUUUAUGCUUGAGUACUCCAGUUUUCAACGCUGAGUACCCUCAAGUCCGAAUAAGCGAUGGUAUUCUGAAUGGGGCUUUCAUGACCACAAGGAAUAAUAGAAAAAUUAGUGGUUUUACGAAAAUUCCUUACGCUAAACCUCCUGUUGGAAAACUAAGAUUUGAAGCUCCGGUACCGAAUGAUCCAUGGGUAGAAGAGAGAAAUGCUACAGGAGUUCACGCCGAAUGUCCUCAAAAUGAUAUUUUCGCAUUUAAUGAAAUUAAAGGAGAGGAAGAUUGUUUAUAUUUAAAUGUUUAUACUCCCAAGUUAUCGGAUUUUGAAAAUGGUCUCUUACCCGUUAUGUUCUGGAUACAUGGUGGAGCUCUGUUAUGCGGCAGUGGAAAUUUAAAGUAUUAUGGGCCAGAUGUAUUGUUAGACAAAGAUAUUGUCCUUGUAUCUAUAAAUUAUAGAUUAGGGCCAUUGGGAUAUGCGGCUACAGGUGAUGAUGUUGUUCCUGGUAAUAAUGGAUUUAAAGACCAAACCAUGGCUUUGAAAUGGGUAAAGAAAAAUAUAGCGAAAUUUGGUGGAAAUCCUGAUCAAAUAACAAUAUUUGGGCAAUCUGCUGGAGGGGGUAGCACCAAUAUUCACCUAGUUUCUCCUUUAAGCAGAGGAUUAUUUUCCAGAUCAAUUAGUCAGAGUGGCUCGAGCAUGUGUCCUUGGCUAUUAAGUGUGAAUGACCAAACUAUUAAAAACACACACAAAUUAGCAAAGGACUUUAAUUGUCCUACUGAUUCUAGUAGAAACAUGGUUGAUUGUCUUAAAAAUGUAGACUUUCAAAAAAUUAUAGAACAAGCUAAAAGUUACGUGGUGUGGGAUUAUGAUCCAGUGAUACCAUUCAGACCAGUAAUCGAACCAAAAUCAACAAAAAAUCCAUUCCUUACUGAUAGACCCAUAGAUAUUAUUAAAUCUGGAGAAGCCAUGGAUGUUCCUGUUAUUCUUGGAUUCACUUCGAAUGAUGGUGGUUUUAAAGUAGCCGGAUUCGACGAUAAGAUGGUAAAGGAAUUCUCGGAACAAUUUGAUGAAAUCGCUCCAGUGUCUUUAUUAUAUUAUUAUGAAAAGGAUUCGAAGACACUUACAAACAAAAUUAAGGAAAUGUACUUCCCAAAUAAACCAAUUAAUAAUUCCUUGAAAGAAAUCGGUGAUUUAUUCACCGAUAGAUGGUUUUUCAAGUGUGCCGAGGAUUUUUCACGAUUAAGAGCCAAAUAUUACAAGCAACCGGUGUAUCUUUAUAUGUUUUCCUACAAAGCCAAGACAAGCACAUCCAAAUUAAUUAUGCAGAGGGAUGAAGAUUAUGGAGUAAUUCAUUGGGACGACUUGCAACAUCUCUUUCCCAUAGGCCCUGGAAUAUCCACGGAAAGUGAUAAGAAAAUGGAUCGGGUUAUGACCACGCUAUGGACUAAUUUCGCAAAAACUGGAAAUCCAACUCCAGAAAUUUCGGACCUCAUUCCCAAUAAAUGGAGUCCUUUCACGUUGGAGAAUGAAGAAUAUUUCCACAUCGGAAAUUCUGUUUUGGAUACGACAACUCGCGUUUUUCCAGAGAGAUCUGAGUUUUGGAGAUCGUUGAAUGAUCCACUCAAGGAAAUUGCUAAUGAGCUUAAGGAUGAAUUAUAA